CAGUACUUUGCCUGCUUGGGCUGCUCAUUGCUGACAACUUUUUAUCCAAAUAUUGCAAUCUUAUCUGUAUGUAACUGCAAUUAUUUGUUUUCAGACGGAAACGUAUCUUUCCACAAUGGCAGUAAAUUCUACAAAACUGGCGUCGACUCGGGGAUAAUAAAUCCUGAAAAAUAUUCAUUAAUGAAAAUAAGCUGAAAUUUUCAGUCAUUUCUGAAAGAUGAACAAAAUAUCUUCAGAGACUUGUUCCGAGAAUACGUCGUAAUGAAUGAGACUGAGCCGAUUAAUUAUGAAGAGUGGCUGGUUCUAAAUAACUACGGAAUACUGCCCGAUACACAAGAGUCUUUGUUCGCGAGGAAAAUAACGAAGCGCAGUACGGCGGAUAACAAGAGACGGUUCGUCAAUACCGUUCGGCAGGGGGACAUAUUGAUUACAGGUCGAGGUAUCGGCGGUCUGAUCGGGCAUGCUGCUAUCAUGACGACAGACACCUGGGUCUUAGAAAUGCCAGGCGGCAGAGGCUGGAGAACCGGGAUCAAAGACAAUAACAGACAGAUUCAAAAACAUAAAUGGUUUGAUCUGCACGCGUCAGAUUGGACAACAGUGUAUCGCUGCCCUGAUCGGGGGGCCGCAAACGAAGCAGCCGUGUGGGCCGAUCAUACUUACUAUAAUCCGUCAGGCGGCAUAAAAAAGACUAAGCACAUAACUUACCUAAUAACUCCUGAUCUACGAUCUACGAAUCCGAGUUAUUGUUCCAAGCUGGUGCUGCAGGCUUACUACUAUGGAACAGGGAGAAGACGGGUUCUGAAAAAUUUGUCUGGUGUAGGGAUUGUCGUGCCGUCUACUAUACCAACGUUUUUCAAUAAUGGCUAUAAGUUAGUUAAUAAAGGGAGAUAUUAGAAAACAAAAAUCGACAAGCUUGAGUUU